GUUGUCAUGGUGCUUUUAGAAAAUGGAGCCAAUCCAGAAAUUCCAGACUCAGAGGACAGAACACCAAAGGACUUUGCCUCGGCUUCAGACAAAGUCUGGCCUCACUUUGCGGCGUUGGGAUUAGAAAGAACACCGAGAUGGGAGCUCAUUGAGAAAAGUGUCAUUAAAAAGGUUCCAGGAGGUCCAGCUGUACAUGACAGUCAGCCCAGAAGAAGUAUUAAAAUGGCUUCAGACAGUCGCCCCGAAUCAGCGUAUGCAUACAACAGUGACCCGUUCAUCCAUGCGGCGGUGACGGGCGAUGUCCUGGCGGACCAGGAAGAGGCUACCUCUAACUCAAAGGACCAACCACAGUUCUCCAUGUGGAGGUGAUAAUCAUAGAUAUCUUAUAGUGAACUUUGACCUAAUGAUAUGAUCAGCUGCAGUUCUCUAUACUGAGGUGAUAUAAAAUAGUUAUCUUAUUGUGAACUUUGACCUUUUGAUAUGUUCAGCUCAAGUUCUCUAUAUUGAGGUGAUAAAAUACAAUGUAGUUAUCUUAUCAUGAAUUUUGACCUUAUGAUAUGACCAACCCAAGUUAUCUUAUUGUGAAAUUUGACCUUAUGUUUUAUUUUGUUUAAGGUAAAGUAAAUGUUUUUUUUCUCUUUUAUUUUGAAAUUUGCAACUUAUAACCUUCCUGUCCUAUUUGAUCAUUACAUUAUUUUCUUGAACGAUUAAUAUGUUCAUACAUCCCUGGCAAUAUUUGUAAGUAUCUUACGGUUAGAUUUUUUUUCCUUUUUUGUAGUUUAAAGUGUAAUUAGAGUAGACUCAUUUUAAUUUAUUUCAUGCACAAACACUGUACAUGCAACAUGACACAUGGUUUAGGUAUAAAUUUUUUGAGGCAGAAAUGUAUGAAUAUAUAUGUAUUGUAAUGAUUAACACUAUCUUUUUAUGUACAUGUAUAUCUUUUAUUUAUAUUAUUAGUUUUAAUUGGUGCAAUUCUUAGAAGUAACAGAAUUAAGUGUUAAAAAUUAAAAUUUGUGCUCUGUCGUCCGAAUGAAAAAAAUGGCCUGACUCCAAACUUUCUUUCGUUUUUUUUUUUUUUAAACAUUUUUACACAUGUUGAUAUUUUCUGAAAAAAGGUUUUCCCUCCUACCUACCAACCCAAUAAUUUUGGGUUUGAGUUGGGAGAGGGCAAGCAAACAUUAUUUUAAAAAUGGCCUCAAAUAUAUUUUUUUAUCAACAAACAUAUAUCUGUUAAGUAAUGCACCUUUUUGUUAAUAUGUAUUUUAUUAAUCAUAAAAAAAAUUGUCACAGUACCUUGUUGAUAACAUCACCACAUUACAAUACUGAUUAAAAGUUUAAUUACAAUAUUGGUGAAAAAGUUGAUUACAAUACAUGUAUGGAUAAAAUGCCAAAUCAUAGUAUUACAUGUAUCAACAAUAGUAAUUUAGAAUAUUGUUAAUGUUUGUCAAAUCAAAGUAUUGUUAAAUAUCA